AUGCUCUUUUACUUUUCUCAUGUAGUAGAGUCUUGUUUAAACCUGUGUUCCCGCUACUUCCUUGCAGUUUCGUGGGUCUUGGAAAAAUUUGGAGAUGGAGCAAACGUUAUAAUACUUUGGUCCAUACACUUGGAUGGUGAAGACAUUAUGAGGUCACCUCAAUGCCCGGUUAAUGUCGGGCGCACCAGAACUUUCGUAGUGAGCCUCAUCGAAGAUGGUCACUGUGGCGGACGUCGGCAGUGCGAAUUGAAGUCAUCUUCGCGACAGACGGAAUCAUUCUACCUGCUUUUGGAUGUUUUCGACAAAGCUCCACCGGAGGAAAAUUAUUUGCUAGGAUUAGGGCCCCUUCAUUGCCAUCACCGUCGGCCUAGCCUCGCAGUUCUAGUCUUAACUGAUGAGGCAGCUCCUACCUCCACUGGAGCUCAGGGCGUCGGCAUAACAACAAAUUGGUGGCAACGUGAGGUUUUCCCGUACCCUGUAAGUUGUGCGCACCUUCCCUCAUUCCCGCAUCUCUACCCCAUUUCAUCUCCCUCCGUUAUUGCCACCUCUUCAUAUUUUCUUUCCUCUCUAGUGUCAAAACUACUUCAAAUGAGAAGACAAACUGUUUCCGACUCCUUUGUUGCUUUUCUCGAUACCAACCAAUUUGCAAUAGUGAUUUCCUUUUUAAUCAAACUUUUGUUUUCUACUUUCUGUCUGGACGGGAUUGAGUGGAGCCCAUUCCUCACCGGUAUUGGUGCCUUUGAUGGGAGGAGGGAAUGGCGGGAGCAGGUGGAUUCCAUUUGCUUCAUUGCCUGCCAAUUUGAAGGCAAACAUUGGAGCAGAUAG